AAGUAAGAUAAUCCAAAAGAAAAUCAACAAAAGCAACCUCCAAAAAGAAAGUCAAAGGAAGCAACUAACUACCUAGAUAAAAGAUAGAAGGAGAACUGGGAAGUCAAUAAACCAAACCAAAUCAAAUCAAGCAAAGCUAUGUCUGAAUACGGAAACCUCGGUGUAGUAGUAGUAGCUGUAGACGGAAGCGAAGAAAGCAUGAACGCUCUCCGCUGGGCGUUAGAAAAUCUAAAGCUCCGAUCACCUACACCCGAUUCCACCAACGCCGGUUCUUUUAUCAUCUUCCAUGUUCAAUCUCCGCCGUCAAUCGCCACCGGUCUUAAUCCCGGUUCUAUCCCUUUCGGUGGCCCCAGUGAUCUCGAAGUUCCCGCGUUUGCUGCUGCAAUUGAAGCUCACCAGAAGCGAAUAACUGAUUCUAUACUUGAUCACGCUUUCGGAAUUUGCUCCCAAUUCAAUACUGAAGUCAGCACCCAUGUUGUUAUUGGCGAUCCAAAGGAGAAGAUUUGUGAAACUGUACAGGAUUUGCAUGCUGAUGUGCUUGUGAUUGGCUCUCGAGCUUUUGGACCUAUUAAGAGGAUGUUCCUUGGAAGUGUUAGCAACUACUGUGCCCACCAUGCUCAGUGUCCGGUCAUAAUCAUCAAAGGAAAGGAUGUUGUCAAUAAGGGAAACUAAUACACUUCUACUAUGAUAUAUUGAUUUUAAUGAGCAAGUUGCCACAUUUCAGGUGCUGAUGCUGCACUUGCCCAAUUGAUCACAUGCUUUGGAUUUGCAUGUCUUUUUUUCUAGUCCUGUGCCAUAGCUAAGCUUUGAAGCUUUGUAUUGCCAAUGCUCGUCAGAUCCUGCUACAAGUACGUGUUUUUGCUGUUUAAACAGCAAAAACUAGUACUUGUAAUAAUGGUGUUGUGCGUGUGAAUUCUUGCAGUUAAGAGUGCUUUUCACCUGUGCUAUUUAUAUAUUUGGUAGUUGUUGCAAUUGGAAGUGAUUCAAAAAGGGAUACACGAGUACUGAAAGUUUGUAUUGUUUUUUAAUUUGUACAGUGUUCUAAACAAAUGUUGGAUUACUUAUAGCUGUGUUAGAAAUUUUGUUUUCCAAGCAUUGUUCUUUCAUUGAUGUAUAAAACAAUGGUUGGGUUGUAUGUUGAUGGGUCAUGAAACAUUUAUCUUGUGAUCAAUCAAUAUUGGAUAUCA